UCCAAGAGUGAACGAAAACUUCGUGGCCAACAAGUGACAUCUGGCACGCCGGACAAAAACCUGCAGUCUCUGAAUUUCACCGAUAGAGAGUACUCCAUUCGUCGGCCUUCGGAUCAUAACAUGCUUGCCAUACCUUCCCUCAUGCCCUGCCCAUCGAGGAGUAACUCAGCUUCGGCAAAGUCCUCACUUCUCACCAGUUUUCGAGAUUCCCUCCUUUGGUCCAUUUUGAGGUUUUCUGAAGUUAUUUGUGAAGAAACAAGCCUAGAAGAGAAAUUCGACGCGGCUGUGAAAGUGAUCCGGAAUCUGCCCAAAGAUGGUCCCUACCAACCAUCAUCUGACAUGCAGCUUCGUUUCUAUGGCCUUUUCAAGCAGGCCACUGAAGGUCCCUGCAACAAACCACAGCCCAGUUUCUGGCAGGUCGUCAACCGAGCCAAAUGGGAUGCAUGGAAGGGAAUGAGUAGCAUGAGCAAGGAAGAUGCCAUGCUUCAAUAUGUGGAAGAAUUGAAAAAGGUGGUGGAAACAAUGCCACUGACAGAGGAUGUGUCAGACUUUGUGUCUGUGGCGAGCCCCCUCAUGGACAUAAUUGAAGAUGCAAGUCGAGAGGACGACGGGAGUGUGUCAGAUGAUACAUCUGACACAAAGGGAGAAUCCAAAGGUGAUUCUCCUCAGAUGAGAGCCAGUAUGUUGGAAGAUCCCUACACCUAUGACAGUGGCAGUGAUACAGAAGAUUUCCAUGACACUCAAACAGCUACUCAGGUCCCUCGACUUGAGAUUUACCAAGACCGCCAAGUGCCAGGACCACGCAGUAACACUCACAGCAAGACUGGUGAGGAAUUGAAAAAUCGCCUUCAGGACAUCCUUAUGCAGUUGGAAGCAAAUGCCCAACAUCUGGAGCGCAUUGAGAGGCUAAUCAAGCAACGAGCAGAAAAAGAGCUGGUGGCCUUUCUUUGGAUUCUCUUCCUCCAGUGUGGCAUUCUUCAUCUUGUGGCCCUUAAUUGUGCACAUUCUCUUCCGAGUUGUUCAUUCCAGGAGGCACUUGCAGAGAUGACUCCUCCCAUCCUUGCUGUAUGCCACUGUGGCAGCUCUCUUAUUUAUGCCUUUGGUACAUUUAGUGAAGACAAUGGCAGUGAAACAGGUAGGAGGAGGGACAUGGGGGCUAAGCAGCUGCUGUUUCAUUUCCUUGGAGGACUUGUGUCCUCAGGGAUCAUAUAUUGCCUUGGACGCUUUCACUUCAGCCCGGCUUGGAUCCUUGCCUCCCUUGGCUUUGGUGCCCUCCUCCGCUACAACAAGCAGCAGCGCCAUAAGCGACUUGAUUUCUCACAGAUGCUUGCCACCACAGAUGAGAAGGAGCUCAUUGUGACCUGUCUUAAGGAGCUCCCAUCCUGGGUACUAUUCCCAGAUGUGGAGAGAGCAGAGUGGCUAAACACAAUGAUUAUCCGAAUGUGGCCAUUUAUUGGCCAUUAUGUCAAAGACAUGAUUGAGACAUCCAUCCAGCCACAAGUUCAGGAAACCCUGAAAGCAUACAAGCUCCCAGGGUUUCGGUUCACCAAGACCAUACUUGGCAAUGUGCCACCCAGAAUUGGAGGGGUCAAGUCCUUCAAGCAGAUGCUGUCCAGGGAUGAGAUUGUAUUUGACCUUGAGGUUAUAUAUGCAGGUGACUGCAAAUUUGAAUGCAUGGUUAGAGGAGUCACCAUUGGUGUGAAUGAUUUGAAGUUAAGAGGUUUCAUGCGUGUGGUCCUGAAGCCCUUGGUCAAAACACAUCCUAUCAUUGGUGGAAUCCAGGCCUAUUUCCUCAACCCUCCUGAGCUUGACUUUGAUUUGACCAACUUUGCCAAUGUUUUGGAUUUCCCUGGUUUUUCGGAUUUGGUAAGAACUACGGUAAUGCAGCAGAUUUGCAGCUUCAUUGUGAUCCCUAACAAAUUUUCCAUGUCCAUGGCCCCUGAUGUCCCCUUAGUCAGCCUCAAGCUCCCUUUGCCCCGGGGAGUACUUCGAAUUCACUUGGUGGAGGCAAAGAACCUGGUAAAGAAGGACAUAGGGAUCUUGGGUAUGGGGAAGUCAGAUCCCUAUGCAGUCAUCAGUGUUGGGGCCCAUCAGUUCAAGACUAAGGUCAUCAGCAAUACUGUCAAUCCUUUUUGGGAUUAUGUCUGCGAGGCAGAUGUGGAAUCUGUUGAUGGGCAAAAGGUUCAGCUUCAGCUGUGGGAUUUUGAUCCGGGUUUCCCAGGGUCUCAGAAUGAUGAUGCACUUGGCAGGAUCCAAAUGGAUAUAGCUGAUAUUGCUGAACGUGGCCACUUAGACACUUGGGUUAGGGUCCAAGAGGCCAAGACCGGGCAAGUUCACCUGGUAUUAGACUGGUUGGAGCUCUCUGAAGACCCACAUGAUCUGGCUGAGCCACUUGAUGGUCGUGCCCUGUCAAACCACCCGGACCCGAAAGUCAUCUUGAGCGUGGGAACACAAAAGGAAAUGAGUGCUGUCAGCCUACGCACAUGCAGUCCAGUCUGGGAGGAGUGCUUCAUGUUUUUCAUCAAGGGUCUUGAGUCUCAAAACUUUGUCCUCAAGAUCGAAGAUGCCAAGUCAGCAAAGCAACUGGGAAAUGUUACAAUCCAGCUUCCUCUUCUCCUCAAGGAAGAGCAUCUUCAGCUCUUCCAACAGAAAUUCCAUCUAAGUAAUGCCCUGCCUGAUUCAGCUGUGACUCUCACUCUUCGUCUAUCGCUCCUGAAGCAUGGGAAGAUGACAUCAAGAGAGGCAACAAAAAUCAAAACCGAGGAGGAGAGGAAGCCUGGCCCACUUGAAUUUGGCUAUCAGGAUUCUCAGUUCCUAAAACCUGAAGCCAUUGCUAUUGGGGGUACCCGAGUUCACAUGCCAGAAGACCAAGCCAAGAAAAAGAAAAGCAUUCGUGGCUACACGUGGCACAAGGACCAGGAGCAAGUUCAGUCAAGAUCAACCCCUUGCAGUCCUGGAGAGUGGCUGACUCAGCGAACCAAGAAGAGGCUGAGAGUGAUUCAUGAACACAAUGUUGCUGGAAUCUCAAAUGAUACAUCCAUUCCAUCUCUCCCUCCUCCUUCACCCACUAUGCCUAAAGUUGAAGUAAUGGGCAUUCCAGAGCCAUUGAAGCCAUCAGAUACUCAACCAGUCUCCAUCCCUCCACCCUCACCCAACCUGUCACACAGGGCAUCUACACCUGGGAAUCUUCGAGGGUCUCAUAAGUAUCGAGGGCCCCCAAGCCUGGAUGAAAUGGUGUCAUCAACUGUACUUCCAGCAACUCAUGCUAUUGAUUUGGAUAAUCGCUCAAUGACUGAGGUCUUAAGGAGAAAACAAGGAGAGGAAGAGGGAGAUUUCCACCUGGGAAGGAUUCAGGUCUCAGUUCGAUAUGCAUCUCAUAAGAACAAGCUUGUAGUGGUCAUCCACAGAUGCUCGAACCUGCCAAUGGAAGAUGAGGUGGAAAAGCCAGAUCCAUAUGUGAAGCUGUAUCUUCUGCCUGAUCGAUCAUCAAAAUUGAAGACUGGACAUCAGAAGGAUGAGCAAUUCCCAAUUUAUGAUGAGACAUUUGAGUAUCCCCUUUCAGCUGCAGAGGUCAAACAUCGUACCCUUGAGCUUCAGGUCAUAUCCAAGAAGGGAAAAAUGGCAAAGCUCUUUGGCAAGAUGCCCAUCCUUGGCAUGUUGCGAAUCCCACUGUCAAAUGUGGCAGAGGGGGAGGAAGGAAAGAUCGUGGCACAUUGGUUUGACCUGGAGCCUCCACAGGCAGAUUAUGACAAGGACAAAUAACUGCAACAAGAAGAAAUAACUACCAGGAUAAAUGAGCACAACGAGGACUCACACAAUUCUUCCUCUCAUGUUUCCAAUUUUAUUUGUUAUUUUUUCCCAUCCCUGUGACUAACCUUUCAUACCACUGCUAAGCUUUAAUCAUUGACUUGCUAAUGAUCGAGAAAGUGUUCGUAGGCAUUGUUGUCUUUCAUUCGUCCAUAUAUCUUGCCACAUUCAGCUACAUUGCUUUUUCAAGUGCCAUUUACUGUUGUGAAUUGUGAUUUCAGAUAGUUGUGUGAGAGCUGUUGAAAGAGUGUUCAAAUUGACACCAGAAUCUAUUCUAAUUCUUAUAGAUCAUACAAUUUUCAAUAUGUUCAGACUUAUUCUUUGCCUUGCCAACUAUCAAAAAUGCUAUUCCAAACUUUAAUGAUAUUUUUUAUCAUAUCCAGUGAUGUCAAAAUUUCCCUGUGAUCACAUCGGUGCAUUUAGUCCUGACAGCUGGUUGUUUUUGGGAUUUGGUUUUACAUGUGUUGGAUGAUGAGACAGCUUUUUCAGGAAAUCUGUGAAGUUAAUAAUUCAGGGACUGUACUUGCACAGUUUCAAGGAAAAAGGUGGCCUUUUUGUCAACAAUCACGAUUGAGAAAAUUAGCAUGGAUGAUGACAAUCUCAAAUUGGUUAAAGGGACAUAUCCUUGGUUGUGCUUAAGAGGUCAGAACAAUAAAUUCACACUUGCCUUCAGCCUAGUGAUGCUUGUGUCUGUUGUUUUCUCUAUAUGUGUUUUAGCAUCUAUGUUUGAAUAAACAUUUUUAGAUUCA